CGCACGUUGAAAUGCGUUAGCUGCGUUAAUUUGUUGUAAUUUGUGCCGUUCUCCGAAAUGAUUUUUGAAAAGGAAGUGCCAUGGAGGCGGAUAGAGGGCAUGUCAUUUGGCUUGUACUCUAACGUGGAGUUGAGGAAGUUGAGUGUGAAGGCGAUCACGAACCACAGAUUCAUCGAUGGUGUUGGGAAUGUUGCUCCUAAUGGGCUGUACGAUUUGGCUCUUGGACCUGCUGACAACAAAGAGGUGUGUUCGACCUGCUGUCAGGACUUCAACCAAUGUCCCGGACACUUUGGACAUAUAGACUUACCACUACCUGUAUUCAACCCAAUGUUCUUUGACAAACUCUUUCUGUUGGUGAGAAGCUCAUGUCUGCUGUGUCAUAUGUUGACGUGUCCCAGAUCUGCCAUCCACCUGCUGCUGAGUCAGCUCAAAUUACUGGACCAUGGAUUAUUACAGGAGGUCUACGAAGCGGAACAAGUCCUCUAUCAGGCCGGUGGAACUGAGAUUCAGGAGGUGCUUCAGAAGUUCACUGAGAAAACAAUCAGUACUCAAGCUGGGAGCACUAAAACCCAUAAGCCGAUCAAACACCUGGUUGAGAGGAAGAUCAGUCUGAUAAACCAUUUCUGGAGAACCCAUAUGACCUCCAGGAAAUGUCCUCACUGCAAGAGCGGUCGUGCCACGGUGCGUCGGGAGCACAACAGUAAGCUGAUUGUCACCAUGCCAACGGCAGCUAAGAGUCAAGUCAUGACUGAAGACUUGACCCUCUUGGCUGGGAAGAGAGGCUACCUGACCCCUAGCAAUGCUAAAGACCACCUCAUCAAACUGUGGGAGAAAGAAGGGUUCUUCCUGAAUUGUCUGUUUACUGGGCUAGAGGACAGGACGGGGCCAGGAUCAGAAGAGAAAAUGGAGUCACGGAUAAACUUCUAUCCAGACCUGUUCUUUGUGGAGCUACUGGUGGUCCCACCCUCCAGGUAUCGUCCUGUUAAUCGCCUGGGGGACCAGAUGUUUACCAAUGGCCACACAGUCAACAUGCAGGCUGUCAUGAAAGACAACGCCCUCAUCCAGAAACUAUUGGCUGUCAUGGCCAAGGAGAAAAAUAAUGAGGAAAAAGAGAUUUCUGAAGCGAUGGACAUGUCAUUUCUCUCUGAAAUUGUAGGCCUAACGUUAACCGACAAACUCUACAAUAUGUGGGUCCGUCUUCAGAGCCAUGUUAACAUUGUCUUUGACAGUGACAUGGACAAACUCAUGACAGAGAAGUACCCAGGGAUUAGACAGAUCUUGGAGAAGAAGGAUGGAUUGUUCCGGAAGCACAUGAUGGGUAAACGAGUGGACUUUGCUGCACGGUCUGUCAUCUGUCCUGAUAUGUAUAUCGGUACCAACGAGAUAGGAAUACCUAUGGUCUUUGCCACCAAACUGACCUACCCCCAACCUGUCACCACAUGGAAUGUCAAGGAACUUCGUCAGGCUGUUCUCAAUGGGCCGAAUGUCCACCCCGGUGCUGUCAUGGUGAUCAAUGAGGACGGCAGGAAAACUAUCUUAUCAGCCAGCAGUCUCACACAGAGAGAGGCUGUCGCUAAGCAGCUACUCACUCCGUGCCCUGGCCCACAUAAAAUGCCCAUGAAGAUAGUGAAUCGUCACAUAAAGAAUGGAGAUGUUUUGCUGCUAAACAGACAACCAACUCUUCACAGACCCUCUAUACAGGCCCACUGUGCCCGCAUACUUCCUGAUGAAAAGGUACUAAGACUCCAUUAUGCCAACUGUAAGGCAUACAAUGCCGACUUCGAUGGAGACGAGAUGAACGCUCAUUUCCCUCAGAGUGAGCUUAGCAGAGCAGAAGCCUAUACUUUAGUCAGCACCGACCAGCAGUACCUUGUGCCCAAGGAUGGCAAACCAUUAGCCGGCCUGAUUCAGGAUCAUAUGGUGUCUGGUACAAGGAUGACCAUCCGCAGCUGUUUCUUCACCAAAGACCAGUACACUGAGCUGGUAUACAGAGGGCUGACUGACAAGCUAGGCAGAGUGAAGAUGCUGCCACCAGCUAUACUUAAACCACAGCAGCUGUGGACGGGGAAGCAGGUGGUAUCGACACUCCUGCUGAAUGUGAUCCCAGAGAAUGCCUUGCCCCUCAACCUGCAUGGAAGAUCGAAGAUACCCAGUAAGGCGUGGGUUAAAGUUCCACCAAGAAUGGUACCCGGGUACCAUCCUGACAGCAUGUGUGACUCCCAGGUGUUGAUUUCUCAGGGGGAGUUGUUAAUGGGUGUGUUGGACAAAGCACACUAUGGCUCCUCUGCUUAUGGUCUGGUCCACUGCUGUUAUGAACUGUAUGGCGGGGGAACCAGUGGCAAACUGCUGAGCUGUCUGGCCCGCUUGUUCACCGCCUACCUGCAGUUAUACAGGGGCUUUACAUUAGGUGUGGAGGACAUCCUUGUAAAGCCAGGUGCCAACAGGCAAAGGAAAAAGAUCAUUAAGGAGUCCCUUCGCUGUGGCAGCAAAGCCCUCCAGGCAGCCUUCAACCUGCCCUCCACUGUUACCCAAGCAGAGGCUCAGAGCCGCUGGCAGGACGCUCAUGUCAACCCAGACCAAAGGGACUUCACCAUGGCCGACAUGAAAUUCAAAGAGCUGGCAAAUCAAGUGAACAAUGAGAUCAACAAGGUUUGUAUGCCUGUUGGCCUCCACACACCUUUCCCAGACAACAACCUCCAGCUUAUGGUCCAAUCAGGAGCCAAGGGAUCAACUGUCAACACUAUGCAGAUCUCGUGUCUACUAGGUCAAAUUGAGCUGGAGGGCCGUCGGCCACCUCUCAUGCCUUCUGGGAAAUCACUACCAUGCUAUCAGCCAUACAACCCGCUGCUUGGUGCUGGGGGCUUUGUUUCCGGGAGGUUCCUCACGGGCAUCAAACCACAGGAGUUUUUCUUCCACUGUAUGGCCGGCAGAGAGGGACUGGUCGACACGGCUGUCAAAACAUCUCGAUCCGGAUACCUGCAGAGAUGCAUUAUAAAGCACUUGGAGGGCUUAGUGGUUCAGUAUGAUCUCACAGUGAGAGACAGUGAUGGCUCUGUGGUCCAGUUCUUGUAUGGGGAGGACGGUUUGGACAUUCCAAAGACUCAGUUCCUACAGCCAAGACAAUUUCCUUUCAUUGAGGACAACUUUGAGGUGAUCAGGAAGACUCAAGCCCUGGAUGAGGUUUUGUCACGGCUGGACCCCCAGGCUGCCAAUCGACACUUUGCAGCAAUUCAGCGUUGGAAAACAAAGCAACAGAGGGCGUGCCCGCGGCAAGGAGCAUUCCUACUCUUCUCUGAGAAGAAGCUGCCCAAACUCAAACAACUGAUGGAGGGAGAAGUAACACUGACUGGUGGUAGAGAUGCUCCCACAUUACAGCUGGUCAACCGCUGGCGUUCCUUAGAGCAUGACAACCAACUGAAAUACUCCAAGAAGACCUCGCGGUGCCCAGAGCCCAGUUUGAGCUUGUUAAGACCUGAUACCUGCUUUGGAUCGGUGUCUGAAAACUUCCACGACAUCACGGAAAAAUACCUUCAGAGCACAGACAGUAGGCGCCGCGACAGCCUGAACACCGACAGCCUCCGCCAGCUGUUGUAUUAUAAGUGGCAGCGUUCGCUGUGUGACCCAGGGGAAGCCGUGGGUUUGCUGGCAGCCCAGUCUGUUGGAGAGCCUUCGACCCAGAUGACCCUGAACACCUUUCACUUUGCUGGCAGAGGAGAGAUGAAUGUCACCUUGGGAAUACCCAGACUGAGAGAGAUUCUGAUGGUAGCCAGCGCCAAUAUUAAGACUCCCAUGAUGAGUGUCCCUGUGCGCAACAACAGGAAGGCUUUAAAGAGAGCCAAGACCCUCCAGAAGAGGCUCACCAGGGUCUGUCUGUCUGAGGUGCUACAGAAGAUUGAUGUUGUCGAGACAUUGCGGGUCGAGAAGAAUCAACAAAACGCCCGGAUGUACAACGUCACCUUCCACUUCCUGCCCGCGGAGCGUUAUUGUGCCGAUAAGCUGCUGUCACCAAAACAGAUCCUCCGCUACAUGGAGACAAGGUUUUUCCCGCUCCUUAUAGUGUCCAUAAAGAAGCACAGCGCCAAACUGACGUCUAUUGCUGUGGAAACCAGGAGGGCCACAGACAGAGACAAAGACCCAGAUGGAUAUGCUGGAGCAGUUGUAGGAGAGGAGGGAGAGGGGGAGCGAGAGAUCGUAGACGACGAGGGGAACGAGGGAGACGCCGAUGCCUCCGACGCCAAACGAAGAGAGAGACAGGAAGAGGAGGUGGACUAUGAGAGCGAGGAGGGGGAAGGGGCAGAGGAGGUGGAAGGAGAGGAGAAGGAGGAGGAUCAGGAGGAGGAACAGGGAGACGAGGCACAGGGGGAAGAGGAGAGUAGCCCAGAACAGGCCCAGCCAGAGUCUGUGGAAGGACGAGGGAGAAGGGGAAAGGGAAAGGAAAAGGAAAAGAAAGGAGGAACAGAGGACGACAUGGAUAUGAUGAGAGUCAAUGCUGUGCUAAACUCCAAUGCACCUAUAGAGAGUUACUCCUACGACAGCCAACACGGACUCUGGUGCCAGAUAACCAUUGUCCUGCCUUUGAGCAAGGUGCACUUUGACCUCAUGUCGGUUCUCUCCUCGCUGGCCCAAAACGCGGUUAUCAUGGAAACGAAGGGCAUCACCCGCUGCCUGCUGAGCGAAACCACAACGAAGACGGGAGAGAAAGAAACGGUUCUCAACACAGAGGGAAUCAACAUCCAUGAAAUGUUCAACCACAACGAUAUCUUGGACAUCAACAGACUCUACUCCAACGAGGUCCACACGAUAACCAGGACAUAUGGUAUUGAAGUAGCCGUCAGAGUUAUUGAGAAGGAAAUCAAAGACGUCUUCGCUGUCUACGGUAUCGAGGUGGACCCCAGGCACCUGUCACUGGUGGCGGACUACAUGUGUUUCGAAGGCAUUUAUAAGCCGCUGAACCGUCAAGCCAUCCAGUCCAACUCUUCUCCCCUUCAGCAGAUGACGUUUGAGACCAGCUACAAGUUCCUCAAACAGGCAGCUAUGAUGGGCUCACACGACCAACUGGCGUCUCCCUCAGCCUGCCUGGUGUUAGGGAAGGUGGUCAAAGGAGGAACUGGACUAUUUGAACUCAAACAGCCGCUACAGUAGAAGAGAUGCUGGGAAACAUUAACAGGCAGCGUUGCAAUGACUGACCGGUUGGCCAGAGUCCGUUCACUUGCAGCUCGGUCGCUUCCAUAUGGUUAAACACAGGCUUGUUUACUUGAUUAUGAUGGUUAAUUCCCCCUUGAAGACUAGGUUCACUUUUUCUGAACCAAGCCCUUAUUAAAACCUUUGUACAGACAAAAACUUACCCGAUGACUUCCGUGUUGAGAAAUGUAAUACUUAAAUAGGAUCUAGUUAGGGUUACCCUAGCCCGGGUAAAUAUGUCUUAAUGUUUGUUUAGCAUAAUGGUCACACACAGUAAUUUCUAUGAAGUUAAAAUGUAUUUGCUUUACACAUCCGCAAUCACAUUUUCCAUGCUAGCUCCGUGCUGCUCUCUGUAAGUACAUGGCUGUAGCUCACACCGGGCUGCAGGACUUCUCGCCUCUCUCACGACUGGAAAUUCACAUACUGUUUCAGUGUACAGCUGCAAAAACCUGUUCCAGACUUAAUUGGCUUUUGUUCCUAUAACAUUGUUUAGCACGGUGGCGCAGUGGUUAACGCGGUCGCCUCACAGCAAGAAGGUCCUGGGUUCGAGCCCCGGGUAGUCCAACCUUGGUGGGUCGUCCCGGGUCGUCCUCUGUGUGGAGUUUGCAUGUUCUCCUCAUGUCUGCGUGGGUUUCCUCAGGGGCUCCGGUUUCCUCCCAAAGACAUGUAGGUCAGUUGAAUUGGCCGUACUAAAUCGUCCCUAGGUAUGAAUGUUUUUGUGUGUGUGUCGGCACUGUGAUGGCCUGGCGGCCUGUCCAGGGUGUCUCGCCACCUGCUGCCCAAUGACUGCUGGAAUAGGCUCCAGCAUCCCCGCGACCCUGAGAGCAGGCUAAGUGGUUCAGCUAAUGGAUGGAUGGAUGGACGGGACAUUAUUUAGAGCUUUCUGCUCUCAACAAGGAGUUAUGUGGUAAAGGGGAAGAAAAUAUAAGACGCACUUCCCUGUGGGCUGAAUUACAGCUGGAUGCUUUGCAGCCGUAUUCACUGAAAUGUGUUUCCCAGAAGGACUGCAGUACAUUCCUUCAUUUUCCCAAGCCACUGAUCCUAUUAAGGGUUGGGGGAUGCUGGCCCCUAUCCCAGUGCUCACUGGGCAGAAGGCGGGGAAACACCCAGGGCAGGUCGCCAGUCCAUCACAGGGCAGACACAUUCAUACCUAGGGGCAAUUUAGUAUCUCUGAUGCGCAUGACUUACAUGUCUUUGGGCUGUGGGAAGAAACUGGAGCUCCCGGCGGAAACCCAUGCGGCCUGGGUCCUUUCUUGCCAGGGAAUUGAACCUGUAACCUUCUUGCCGUGAGACGGUAGCACUAACCACUGCGCCACCAUGCUGCUAAGAUUGCAGUUGUUAAUAAAACAUAAAAAAAGUCUUAGUAACCAGCUAAAUUUUGUUCUUAACUGGAGUUCCUCGUUUUCUCAUCUGAAGCCAUCGCCGAUGUUGUUGUCUGAACAGUUUUGAUUGAUGCCCGAAAAUAUUUUAAUGGGGCUAAUGUUUUGGGGUUUUUUCACCCAGAACUUCGGUUUUGACGAAAGGGCGACCUUCUCCUGCAAAAACGUUAUUCACAACUUUUCUUGGAGGGGUGGGUACACUGAAUUUGUGGAAUUCAAAGUUAAUAUUACUCUUGUCUGCCAUCAGCAGGGAAUUUCUUGACAGGGUAAAAUGUCCCCGAACAGUCACAAGACUCUUACUCCGUGAGACCUAAAGAACAGUUCAUUUUCAAUCCAGUUUGCAGAGACCUAUAGCACUGCUGUUUUUCCGCUCGUCCUGUAAGUUAUGUACACUCUAACAACUGGCAUAACAGGUGAAUGUGGUUGACUACCUGACAGAAUAGAAAACCAGCAGUACUGGGGGUAUCUGAGGACCUGAUUGAGAACCACCAGUUGAGAGCAUGUUCCCAUUCCCAUUACAGUAGUGACGCUCAUCUGUGUGCUAUGGAGGGCUGUGUGUGUGUGUGUGUGUGUGUGCGCGCGCGCGCGCGUGCGUGUGGCUGGCUCGUGCGCAGUCGAGCACUACAGCGUCUGAUUUCACUAUUUAGUCCUCUGUUGUCUGUCUGAAGGUGUGUUGAUCGGUGUAAUCCGUCGGGUUGGAUUGGACACACGCAGUGUACACUGGUACGCCUAGAUGAUGAUAGUCAAACAUCAUACAACAUUCAAAGAAGGCUGGGUCGACUCAUGCGGACACCACGUUUGUCGAGAGAGACGUUUCGUCACUCAAGUGACGUCAUCAGCCUAAACCGACUGCAGGUGUCCCCGCCCUUAUAGACAGUAAAACAACAAACGACCAGAUUCUUAUGCAAAUAUGGGUGUGAUCAUUAACUGUGGUUUCAGUGGCCAUGUGUACUAUUCACACAGGAUUUGGGAAUGUCGCAAUCACGGCCGUGGCUGCAAACAUUCCUGUAUCAGGAGUGGGGAUACCUGCAGUCAGAGGUCACGUCGACGAGUGAUGAAACGUAUGCGUCAGUAAACGUUGUGUCAAGACGAACGAGAUGAACUGACUCGACCUUGCUUGAUUUUCUUACCUGGAUCAUCGGGCCAUGCUUAAAAACGUCAUGAAACAUUGUCGCCAUUGCAUACAGCAUUGUUGUCAUGGUAUUUAAUUGGUUGAGAAAUCAGCAUUUUUUGGGGGGGUUAAACCUAUUGUUUUUUGGUUGUUUUUCAUUAUGUAAUCCGUGCAAGUAAAUAAACUUUGA